UCGGUUUUCAUCUCGUUCCUCCUGUGGUUGGAGAUCAGACCAGCUAGCUGAAAGCUAUCUAGUUCUAUUUCUUUAUCAUUCACAGUUGUGAAUACACAGUUAUCAUAAGGUCAGUUUCAGCGUCUGAUUCUACGAGAUAUUUAUCGACAAAUUCUCUCAGACACCAUUUUCUCUCCGCUCCCGGAGAAAACACUGAGCCAUGUACAAUGGGAUUGGCCUGACAACUCCGCGGGGCAGUGGCACCAAUGGCUAUGUGCAGCGAAACCUGUCGAGCCUGCGGGUCAAACGGCCGCGGGAUGAGCGCGGUGGUGAGCGGGAUGAGAAGGACAGAGAGAGGCUGGAGAGUCAGCUCAAUAGGCAGCCCAAUGCUGACAUCUUGGAGCACCAACGGAAGAGGCAGUUGGAGGUCAAGUGUGCCGAGCUACAAGACAUGAUGGAGGAGCAAGGGUAUUCUGCUGAGGAGAUUGAGGAGAAGGUGAACAGUUUCCGCAUGAUGCUGCAGGAAAAGCAGGAGCCAGCCCCCGCCACCACUGAGAGACCAACGGUGACAGAGACUCAUGCCCUGGCUGCUGCCAACCAGCAGAAGAACGACCGUCUUCGUGCUGCUUUUGGUAUCGCCAGCGAUUAUGUGGAUGGAUCUUCCUUCCAUGCUGACCGCAAGGAGAGAGAGAAGGAGAAGAGAGAACAGGAACGUUUAGAGAGAGAGAGGCUGCAGCAGCAGAAAUAUACGUUGGUGGAAGAUUCAGACAGUUCAGAUUCUCCUCCAAAGAAACAUGGUCGGAAGAAGAAAAAGAAAAACAAGAACAGAGACAGCAGCUCAGAGAGUCCAUCCCCCUCUCCUCGCAGAGAGAAGAAGAAAUCCAGAAAGAAGAAAAAGAAACGUGAGGCAUCAGAGGAGACAGAGGAAGAAGAUAGUUCCUCAGAUGAGAAACAGAAGGUGUCAAAGAAGAAAAGGAAAAAUAGUGAAAGUACAAGUCCUCCAAAAGCAAAGGUGGCACGACACAGGAGCGUCUCCUCCAGCUCUGCUCGCAGCCAGUCUCCAGCUCCAGUGAGGUCACGUCAACCGGACCAAACUGCAAGAAAAGCUGAUGAUGGAAGGAGGGAGAGAUCGCCUGACAGGAGGAGACGGGGCUAUGAGGAGCACAGCCCACUCCGUCAGGGAGGUGACAUGAAGAGGUCCAAUCUUGAAAGAGAAAAAGAGCGACCAAGUGAGAAGGAGAAGACUGCCACUAAGAGGAGACAUGACUCCUCAUCCCCUUCUCCUCCACCACAGGUAGAAAAAAGCUGGGAGAGGGAGAAAGGGAGGAGAUCCAGAAGCAAACAGAAGGAGAGCGAGAAAGAGAUGCACUCCAGGAGCAGAGAGAUGCAGAAAAGUGGGCGUUCAAGGAGCAUAGAAAAUGAGAGGGAGAAGGGGAGGCGUUCAAGAAGCAAAGAAAAGGAGAGAGAGAGAGUAAGGCGCUCCAAAAGCAGAGAGAUGGAUAAAGGAAGGCGAUCCAGGAGCAGGGAAAUCGAGAGGGAGAGAGGGAGGCGUUCAAGGAGCAGAGACAUGGAGAAAGGGAGGCGUUCAAGGAGCAGAGACAUGGAGAAAGGGAGGCGUUCAAGAAGCAGAGAAAAGAAGGACAAAGGAAAGGAGACUGUUCCUCGGAGGACCAGACAUGACUCCUCCUCAUCUCCUUCUCCCCCUCCUCGUCCACCUAAACAGGACAUUAGGGGGGAAAGGAGCAGAGACACUGAGCAGGAAAAAGACAGGAAUAAACAGGAAAAAAAGACAAGACACGAUUCCUCAUCCCCCUCACCUCCUCCUCAAAAGGAGAGAGUGAGGAGGGAGAGGAGUGGAGAGAGGGAGCGCAGGGCUGAGAGAGAUCUACACUCAAGGGCGCCAAAUGAAAGGGACAACAGGAAAGACACUGGGAAGAGACAGGAGAGGGAGGUGUCUCCUCGCCAACAGAAAAAUGACAGGAGAAGGGAUGGUCACCCGUCUCGAGAUUCUCUGUCACCCGCCUCUCGCUCACCUGUCACCAAUGGGCGUCAAAGAGAAAGGGAGAAUGAGAGGAGAAGAGAGAAAGACAGAGAGAACACAAAGGAGAGGGACAGGCAUCUGAACAAGCAGGGGGAACAAAACAGAAUGCGAGGUCAAGAAGGAAGCAGAAACAGAGAUGAGGUCGUUCGAAUACCUGCAGAGAUUAGACAAGAUGGACCUGGACCUGCGGAGAAAGACGCAAGUGAAAGGCAGGAGAAGACGAGAAGCCCUCCAAGAAAGGACAAACGAGAUGAGAGGGUCAAACAGGCCGAGAAAAGAAAAGAGAGCAGCAGCAGCAGCAGUAGUAGUAGCAGUAGUAGCGGCAGCAGCAGUAGCAGCAGCGACAGUGACAGUGAUAGCUCCUCAUCCUCCUCUUCAUCUUCAUCUUCCUCUUCAUCCUCAUCCUCUGAAGAUGAGGGCAAGGUGAAGAAAGCUGGGUCAGCAGGAAGGGAAAAAGCUAGCCCUGUGAAAAAUGCACCAGCUGCCAUUGGAGCUGCAGUUCAAAGAUAUUUAGCCAAUGGGAGAAAGGAAAGCUCCGCCUCUGCAUCUGAGGGCGACGGACCCAGACGAUCCCAGAAGGAUAGAGAGGAUGGAGGAGACAAACGCGAUAGGGAAAGACCUACUCAAAGAGCUCCCGCAGAGAACUACCCGCCCCGAACAAAAGGUCAGGAACGAUACAGCCCCACACAAAUGGAUAGUCCCAGUCCACCACCUUCCCCACCCAACAGAGUGGACAACAGCAGAGGGAGCAACAGGUCUGAGGCCGAAGCAGAGAAAACAAGGUCGGAGGCGAAAGUUAGGGAAAGGGAUAGUGGGAGGGACAGGGACGCAGCCCGGAGGCCUGCGAGAUCUAGCCCCUCAGCCAGGAGGUCGCGAUCUCCCCCCCAGAAAACCACCACCACCUCCCCUGCCCGUCGCACUCCACCAAGGCAGUAUCAGGAACCCCCGUCCCGAUCCAGGAGAGCUUCUCCUCCUCCUCCUCCGGCCUGGUCAGAACGAGAGAGAGAGAGGCAGAGGGACAGGGACAGAGACAGAGACAGAGACAGAGAGAGAGACAGAGACAGAGAGAGGGAUAGGGAAAGGGAAAGGGAGAGAGAAAGAGAGAAGGACAGGGAGAGGGAGAGAGAGAAGGAGAGGGAGAGAGAGCGAGAGAGAGAGAGGGACAGAGAACGUGAGCGGAUUGCCAGAAGGAGCAGAUCCAGAUCCAGAAGUCCAAGGAGACGCAGCAGGUCCAGGUCUAGAAGCCCAAGGAGGCGAAGCCCCCCUAUCAGGUCCCGUCGCUCUCCGUCUCCACAGCGGCGAAGGAGAAGCAGUCGCUCCCUCUCCAGAGAAAGAGGGAGAGAAAGGGAACUUGAGAGGACCAGGCAGAGGGAGGUAGAACAAGAGAGGGAAAGGGAAAAGGAGCAUCCACACCCAAAAGAUGUUCCCCAAUCCGCCAGGUCCUCCUCAUCAUCUUCUUCUUCCAGCUCCUCCUCUUCUUCCUCAUCCUCACCUUCACCGCCACGAGAAAGGAAAGACAAACAACCCUUAGCAGAGAAAGACCAGAGAAGAGACCGAGGGGGCGAGAAGAAAGAGGACAGAGAGCAGAAAAGUCGUUCUUCUUCCUCUCAGGGCCCUUCCAGAGACUCAUCCCGUGCUCCACCCUCAGGUAGAAAAGGCUCCCAAUCAGAGUCCAGGCGCUCUGAUGUCACCUCCAGGAGGGCUCCGGCUAGCAGCCAACCAGACACCAAACCACCGUCACGGGGUCCAAGCAGGAAGCAAUCACCACCGGCAGCCCCUCAACUGACAGAGCAAACGGUCAGAAAUGAGAGCGCUGUGAAUGGCAAGGAGGCAAAUGCAAAAAAGAAAGCCAGCAGGAGCUCCAGCUCCUCUUCAUCCUCUUCAUCCUCCUCCUCUUCCUCAUCUUCGUCCUCCUCUUCAGACAGUUCUGACUCUGAGGUGGAGCAAGGAAAGGGGAAGACAACCAAAGCUCAAAGCUCUCCUUCAUCAUCAUCAUCCUCAUCUGAGGAUGAAAAGGAAACAAAGAACAAGAGCCCCGCCAGACCUCAGAGGGUGCCGGCUGAUUCUCUGAGAGAUUCUCGCUCGCUCAGUUAUUCUCCUCCAAGGUACAUGAGAGCAGCACCGUCCUCACCUGGCCGCAGGAGCGGCAGCAGGCAGUCACCAAGCCGCUCGUCAACCAGCAGACGAAGGAAAUGAGCUGACAACUCAGAGACGCCUCACUACUUCUUCUAUGUUGUUUCUCUGUUCGCCUCUGGCUGGUUUGAACUGGGCCACAACAUGGACUUCACAGCCAGCGGUCAGUAGAUACACAUCUGUGAAUGUCAGGGGACUCAUUUUCGUUCUGAGCCACCACACAGUAAUCACCAAUGUGUUUGUUUUUUUUAAGCAGCGAUGACCCAAGGCUGGCUUGUACAUUUAUUUUUAUGAGCUGAAUAAGAAACGUACACAUUCACACACAUAAACACAGCUGAGUAAAAUGUAACUCUAACAAUGUUCCUCUGUACUUGUACCGUUUAUUGCGUUCUACCUGUAGAUAUGAGCUGUCUGUAUUUUGGUUAUUAUCAUGUAACAGAUAUGCGAUUUCCAUGUAAUGUGAGCAGAAACUGAAAUGUGGUUAAUUUCUUUGUUGAAAAUGGGUAAUAAUAAUAAAAGGCAAUUGUACAUUU